AUGAUUGCGUUUGAAAAUUAUUUUUCAAUUCAGGUAUUUUUCAUCAUUCUAAGAGAAACUUUAGAAACUGCUAUAAUUAUAUCUGUAUUGUUAUCAUUUAUAAAUCAAAGAUCUCAUACAAAACAGACUACAAAUGCUGUUGACAAUAAUUUAGAUAAAGUUCAAAAAAGUUUGAAAUUUCAAGUUUGGUUCGGUGCUAUACUUGGUCUUUUAAUUUGUUUUAUCAUUGGUCUUUUGUUUAUUCUUGUAUUUUAUUUUAUAGGUAAAGAUUAUUGGUCAUAUACUGAAAGAUUAUGGGAAGGUAUAUUUUCAAUAUUAUCAAGUUUAAUUAUUACCAUAAUGGGUAUUGGAUUAUUAAGAAUUAAUAAAGUUAUGAAAUUAAAAUGGUGGAUUAAAUUAGGCGAUGCUUAUGAUGAUCAAGCUAUAAAUGAAGAAGGAGAAGAAGAAAUUGCAAAAUUAGCAGAUGAAGAAGAUCAACCUGAAAAUUACGGAGGCACUAGAUCUAGUUCUGAAAGUGAAAGUAUUCCAUUAACUUCAACUAAUAAUAGAAUUAAACAUAAGGUUAAAAAACAUAAAUCUGGAUUUAGUAAAAAAUAUUUCCUUGCUAUAUUACCUUUAAUAACUACAUUACGUGAAGGUUUAGAAGCUGUUGUUUUCAUUGGUGGAAUAGGUAUGUCACAACCAUUAACCUCAAUACCACUUUCAAUAAUUUGUGGUAUAAGUUUUGGCUCAAUUAUCGGUUAUAUUUUAUAUAAAGGUGGUAAUAAAUUAUCAUUACAAUAUUUUUUAAUAUUUUCAAAUUGUGUUUUAUAUAUUGUAAGUGCUGGUUUAAUAAGUCGAGGUGUUUGGUUUUUAGAAUUGGAAUCAUUUGUACGUAAAUGUGGUGGAUUAGAUAUUAGUGAAACUGGUUCAGGUCCUGGUUCAUAUGAUAUUUCAAAUACUAUAUGGCAUGUAAAUUGUUGUAAUGGAUUAACUGAUGGUUGGUGGAUGGUUUUAAAUGCAAUGGUAGGAUGGACAAAUACGGCAACUUAUGGAAGUGUAAUUGCCUACAUUUUAUAUUGGACGUUUGUUAUAAUAUGGUUAAGAUUAAAAUUAUAUGAAGAAAAACAUGGAAUACUACCUAUAAUACCUAUAACUUGGCAAUUGAAAAGAAUUCGUAAAAUAGUUAGAUUAUAUGAAUUAAGAUGUAAUCAAGAUAGAACACCAGAGCAAAAUGAAUUAGAAGCAGAGGCACAAGGAUUAUUAAAUACAUGA